UAAUCUGUCAAACGUCAAAUAGAAAUUACUAUUUUGCUUUGCUGCAAAACGAAAAUUGAUUUGGCUUAAAAAUGUCCAUUGCAAAGAUAUUUGCGCUAGAUAAGGUAGCCAAUUUCUUCAACAUCAUACGCCAAAAUGGAGGCAUUCGAGGUUCCCUGUGGAAACUAUACCGUCAGGAUGAACUGAAGGACGGUACCCUAAUAGGCGAAGACAAGUUCGGCAACAAGUACUAUGAGAAUCCCCGCUACUUCUAUUCCCGUAAUCGCUGGGUGGAGUACUCUCCCAACUUUCACAUGAACUAUGAUGCCAGUCAGGUCCCCGCUGAAUGGUUCGGCUGGCUGCACUACAAGACCGAUCUUCCCCCACACCAGGACCCCAGCCGACCUAAAUAUGAUUGGAUGCUCUAUGGCAACGAGAACCUCUCCGGCACCAAGGGGCAAUAUGUACCCUACAGCACCACCAGACCCAAGGUCGAGGCCUGGGUCCCCAAGUCCAAGGAAUGAACUGUUUACAACCCCUGUUCUGAUAUACAGUCUUGACAGUAAAGAGUAGAAAUAGAGGGCGCCACUGCGCGAAAGCAACGUUGUGUAUUAGCCUAUUAGCGCCAUCUACAGCCACUUUUGGGAACCCACCAUUUUUUAAAUGCUCUGUUAAGUAGUGUUACAGUUGAAAAUCGAAUCAAACGCCUUAAAACCCAGGUGUACCCAAGUAGGUACAAUGGGCGCUAAUGGGUUUCUAUGUUGUACAUACAUUCAUAAUGAUAUUAUACUUUGGCAAACCUAUAUUGUAGUAGAAGUAGGCACGAAAUGACUACGGGAGGACAACUCAUCGCGCCUACAUUUUUAUGAUAUAUCCAUCUCAUUCUGCCGCAUAAGAACGUAUUGUAUGAUAUGUAUUUGACAAGGGUUCAUCCACUUAUUACGUCACAGCAACCGGGCCUGGGGGGGGGGGGGGGCACUCUUAGUGUGACAGUACGUAUUAAAUACUUACCUAUCUCUUUCCUAUGAAAAAGUAUGACAGGGGGCGGGGGGAGUCUAAAGAUCGUAAUUUUGUGUGAUGUAAUUAAUGGAUGACCCCCAAUCGUAUCACCAUCAAGUUCCUCUUUAUUUUCUACCAUUUCUACUCUUUACCAUCGAACUGUACCUACAUGUUGCAUCUAUUUUAGUUAUUUUAUAACCUAUAAGUAAAUAAAAUUAUAGGUUAUAAUGUGAACUAAAGUAAAGGUAAAUCGUAUGAUUUGUCGACCCCCUUAUUCAUAAACGCGCUACAAACCUCAAUUAGCUAAUAAUCGUCCUUAUCUGUCAUUUUGACUUAUGUAUUUGUAAGAAAGGGAUAAAACAUAAUUUAACUAAAUCAGGCCCGUAAAGUUUCAUGAAUAAGGGGGUUAGCCAAUAUCUUUAAAAUACUGGCACUUGUUACAUUUUAGUUUUAAGUAGAAAAUGGAAUAAAUCUAUUUAUACAAGC